AUGUCUUGGCACCAGCUGAAGGCUUGCCCCCGUCCACGGCGGACAUCACGCAGUUCGUGCACGGUAUUCGGAUUUUGCUAUUUGUUCGUGUGGGGGUAUAUCGCAGAUUUGCUCUCCGCGACCGUCCCCGUCUACAUUUCCGAGUGCGCGCGCAAGGAGGACCGCGGCAUGCUCUCCGUCCUCUGGCAGACGGCCAUCGUCUCGGGAAUCACGAUCGCUGGCUUCCUCAACCUGCCCUUUGCCGAAACCGGCCCGGAUGGCAUGUGGGCCGGCGAGCCCCUCGACGGCGGCCCUAUCUUCCCAUGGGGGUGGCGCGCCUCGUUUGGAGGCAACGUAUCAGUUGCGAUACUGCUCUCCGUCCUCAUGCUCGGCAUGCCCGAGUCGCCUCGCUGGCUGUUUGCGCAUGGCAAGGAGGAGCAAGGGAUGCAGGUCCUCCUCAAGCUCCGUUCCACCAAGUUCGAGGCGGAGCAAGAGGCGGCUACGAUCCGGGGCAAGAACGACCGCGAGUCGAACGGAGGCAAGAGCAAGCCUGUCCAAUCUGGCUGGGGCGGGCUGUGUGGCACGUGGCAGCCGUGGGUGGGGAUCAAUGCUAUCAUGUUCUUUUUCCCCAUCCUUCUCUCGCAGUUCUUCGACACGCAGGGCGCCCUGUACGGCAACCUCGGAAUGAACAUCGCGAACGCGUUGGCGACUCUGAUCGCCGUCUUCGGCGUCGACCGCUGCGGCCGCAUCUCCCUGUUUAUGGUCUCCGGACUCUCGAUGGCCUUCUGCCACGCGUGCAUGAUCUACCUCGCGGCCGCCGAGCAAACUACUACGGUGGGCAUGGCUAUCAUCGGCGCGAACCGCCUGUCCCCUCAGCUCAGCCCCGUCCCGCUACUGCUUGUGCACCGCUGGAACGGCCCGCUGGAACGGCUCGCACGCGUGAACUGGCUCAUGAACUCAGUUGUCUCGCAAGCGUACCCAGCGAUGCAAAACUACCAAGCGAACCUCCCCUUCAUCGUGUUUUGCGCCACGCUGACGGUCUACCUGUUCGCCCCUGAGACGGCUGGACUGUCGCUCGAGGAGAUCGACGAGGCCUUUGCGCAGCACCACGUGAAGGCGGCGCGUUCUUUCUGGAAGGAGGCCCAGCGCAGCAGCGGCGACGCGGGCGAGGAGCCAACCAAGGGUGGCGGGGCGGGUAGUGUUGCUGGCUGUGGAGGGACAACGAACGCAAUGGAAGGGCAUGGCGCAUGCGAGACGGAGCCAGAGGGUAGCGGAAUCGCGUAA